AUGGUUCAAGUUAUUACUUUGGGAGCACUUUUUGCUGCUGGUGCGUCUGCACAGCUAAAUAUUCCUGGACUUCUGAACGGCUUGAAACCUGCUCCUGCGAACGAUCCGCGGUUUACAAACUGGCAGAGACCUGGACCGAAUGAUGUGCGGUCGCCGUGUCCUGGCUUGAACUCCCUGGCCAAUCAUGGGUUCAUCAAUCGCAACGGCCGCAACAUGACGAUCCCACAUUUGGUCCAGGGAUUAGCAGCUGGCUUGAAUGUCGGACCAGACUUUUCAAUCGCAGUUGGUGGUGUUGGUCUUCUCUCCUCGCCCAAUCCUCUCGGCGGAUCCUUCGAUCUGAAUGAUCUAGAUCAACACAACUUUCCCAUCGAACACGACGCCAGUCUGUCUCGUCAAGACGACUUCUUCGGCAACGACCACGAUUUCAACAACAAUAUCUGGCAGCAGACCUUGUCGUUCUAUCAAGGUAGCACAACUACCAACUUGCUCGGCGCUGCAAAAGCCAUCGCUGGACGUACGGAGGACUCAGAGGCGAGGAACCCAGAAUUCACCUACGGCGUUCGCGAAUUCGUCCUUCGCUAUGGUGAGACCGGGCUGUAUUUGCAGACAAUGGGUGGAGACGACCUCACUGGAGUGACUCGCCUCGACUGGGUUCGCAGCCUGUUCGAACAGGAGCGUCUGCCUUAUAAUCUUGGAUGGAGGCCUCGUGCUGAGCCCAUCACACUUGCGAGCUUGGGACUGAUGAUCAACAACCUCGUUGCAGUAUCCCCAUCGAAGGGAACCGAGUUUGGCAACAUUACUGCUGACUCGUACAAGAACAUCUUCCAGGUGAUUGCCGGUGGAUCGAAUGUUCUGAAUAACCUUACAGAUGGCCUAGCGGCUGCGGUUGGUCUGUAG